AUGAAAAAUUGCGACAAGAGACACCGCGCCGAGACCGCAGCCACGUCGCCGGCAAUCGGCCGCGGCGGGCCGCCGAGAGACGGCUUUCCUCUCCCGGACGCCAUCACCGUCGGCGAAAUUUUCCGGAGACUGGAGCUGGAGUCGCUAUGUACCCUGGCUUGUGUGUGUCGUCCCCUCCGUUCAAUGGCCUCUCAAGCCCUUGCAGCUCUCCCCUCGCUCGAUCUAUCUGCAUUUUCGCCCGAUGGUGAACUUGUUCGUCUCAUGGUUCCCAGAUUGGGAGCUGUUACGAGUGUGACUAUUGACUGUCUCCACUUGGAUGAUUGCUCGAUCGCCAGCAUUCUUGGACCCAACAUUCGAGAGCUGAGUUUGCUCAAGGGUGCCUCCCUUUCGUAUCAUGUUCUUGCUUCCAUUGGAGAAAAAUGCCCAAAUUUAAGGGCUCUUGUCCUGGAACUAGCAGGGGAGGGCUCGCCUGAAAUCCUUAGGAGAUACCUUGUGAAAAUGUUGCGGAAUCUGCUCUUUUUGGAGAAUCUAAGCAUUAAAGUCCGUGUGAUGGAACAUGAUCCAUGUGAUUUGUCUUGUGCUGACCUUCCCCUGCCCGAAAGUUUGAAAUUCCUGAAGUUGCAGCCAGUGAACGAACGCGACACCUGUCAGUUUCUUGAAAAAUUCAUUGACAAUAGAGGAAUUCAAAGAAAAACGACGAUCACUGGUAUCACGAAACUUUCGCUCGUCUUGAAUGUUAUAUCCGACACACUCACUUUCUCAAUUGCCAGCUCACUUUCUCUCUUGGUCGAGCUCGAUCUCGAAGACAGACCCCGCUCGGAGCCGAAACUCCCGCACGACCUGACCAAUAACGGGCUCCUCUCCUUGGGCUCUUGCCGGCACCUAACUCAUCUCUCGAUCAUCCGGUCUCGAUUUCAUUAUCCCGUCUCGUUUAAGAGAAUAAACGACAUGGGGCUGUUGGUUCUUGCUGGGAACUGUGGGGCCCUCGAGUCCGUGCGGCUCGGCGGGUUCUCUAAAGUCACGGAUGCCGGAUUUUCGUACCUCAUGCAAACCUGCCGUGGUCUUAAGAGCGUCGAAAUACGAAACGCGCCGUUACUGUCUGACCUGGCGUUUCAUGACACUUUUAGGGUUUUGUCCCGUCUGGUCGAGCUGAGACUAAGGUCGUGCAAUCUCAUAACUAGCGAGACUGCGUCAGAAUUGGCCUCAUCUCCCACAUUGGAAGUCUUGGACACAUUUAGCUGCCGGAGUAUAGCCGACCGGUGUCUCGAUUAUGUAUCGCAUAUCAACACACUCACGUCAAUUAAUUUAGGAGGAGCCGAUAUUACGGAUAAUGGUCUUGUUCGCUAUUUGAGAAAAGGCGAUUUGCCUCUGACCAAUCUAUGCCUGAGAGGUUGCUUGAGGGUAACCGACCGGGGAAUUAUUGCUCUGCUCGAUGAUGGUUUGAAAAUGAAAAAUACGUUAUUGUCCCUGGAUGUGGGCCACAUGCCGGGUAUGUCAGAUAAGGGCGUUUGUGGGAUUAUGUCUAGAGCGGAUGCAUUGACCGAGCUGAGCAUGAGAUACUGCUUUCAUGUGACGGAUGCUUCUUUUGAGGCUCUAGCUUCCGGAAGGAGAGAAGGGAAGUGCCUUCUUAGAAGGCUCGAUAUCUGUCACUGUGUGCGAUUUUCCAGUAGGGUCGUGCAGCUAAUGGAGAGGCCGUUUUUCCGUGGAUUGAGGUGGCUCGGGGCCGGUGGUACUUGCUUGGUGGAGAAGGGGGAUUUUGUGGCGGUAUGUGAGAUGAGGCCGUGGCUUACUGUAUGCUUUGAGGAUUGCGAAAUCGGGUGUCAGGACGGAUGGCAGUAUCACAAAUACAACAGUCGAAAUUAA